UGGGGAGGGAAAUAUAAGAGCCACAAAAUCAAACCGUUUUUCUCUUUCUUACCGGAGCUUUAAUUUCCCCUCCUCCGCUCAUGCAUUAAUGGCUUGCCGGCUCAUCUUCUUCACUCCGACACCUCACUGUACCUUUUCAAAUGCAAAGUUUACAAAAUUCCGACAAAAAAAUCCACUUCAUUCUCUCUCACUGUCCGAAGUCUCUUCUGGGUAUCACUCUUCUUCAACAACAGUAUCAUCAUCAUCAUGUUCAUCUUCUUCAUUUGUAGUUCGUGCUGUCAAAAACGAAGUGAUUCAGUCACCAAACUCAGACUCUAAAACUGCUUCUCCUUCUUCCUCCAAGCUUGUUCUUGUCAUUGGCGGCUCCGGUGGUGUUGGGCAGUUGGUAGUGGCAUCACUGAUUGACCGGAAUAUCAAGUCGCGCUUGUUACUACGAGAUCCUGCCAAAGCAACUGCACUAUUUGGUGAACAAGAUGAGGAGAUGCUGCAGGUAUUUAAAGGGGAUACUCGGAACCCAGAGGAUCUUGAUCCAUCUAUUUUUGAGGGAGUCACACACGUGAUAUGUUGCACAGGAACGACAGCCUUUCCUUCAAGACGAUGGGAUGGAGAUAAUACACCAGAAAGAACAGAUUGGGAGGGUGUUAGAAAUCUGUUUUCUGCUAUGCCUUCGACAUUGAAGAGAGCCGUUCUUGUUUCAUCAGUUGGUGUAACCAAGUGUAAUGAACUGCCUUGGAGCAUCAUGAAUCUCUUUGGUGUUCUCAAGUAUAAAAAGAUGGGGGAGGAUUUUGUUCGCCAGUCCGGUGUUCCAUUUACCAUAAUUAGACCAGGUAGAUUAACCGAUGGACCUUACACAUCAUACGAUCUAAAUACAUUGCUCAAAGCUACCGCUGGACAACGGCGUGCUGUUGUUAUUGAUCAAGGUGAUAAACUUGUUGGAGAAGUAAGCAGACUCGUAGUUGCUGAAGCUUGCAUACAGGCACUGGACAUAGAAUUUACUGAAGGUCAAACCUAUGAAAUCAACUCAGUUGAGGGUGAAGGCCCUGGAAGUGAUCCACAGAAGUGGAGAGAUCUAUUCCAAGGUGCACAAACACAAUGAUAGUUUCUUUUUACCUUGAACAGACAAAUCUUAGCAUUUUACUUGUUAAAUUUCUGUAUAAAUUGUGUACAGAUAUACUUAUAAGCUUUGAAACAAUGCAUACUGUAUUCUCUUGUCAUAACUUGUUUCAGGAUCCUUGUAUUAUUAUUUUUGUAGAUAA